ACAAGCAAUCUGCUAGCUAGCUAGCUUCACAAUCUGUUAUCAGAAAAUACCAAGCCAUAGCCAUGAAGAGCUACUCAUCAGCUUUCUUCUUCUUUGUCAUCAUCUUCUUCUUCUCUGCUCAUCUUCCUUUGUCAAAUGGGCAGCAGAUCUCAACACAAUGUACAGGCUUACUUUUACGCAGCUUCACACCCUGUUUAAAUUUCCUUACUGGAAGCACUAAUGGAGGUGGUUCUCCUUCAUCAGAAUGCUGUAAAUCUCUUGGUUCUCUUAUCAGUAGCAGCACACAGUGCGCUUGCCUUGUAGUGACUGGUUCAGUGCCUCUAAGUGUGCCUAUUAAUAAAACGCUUGCCAUCUCACUUCCUCGCCUUUGCAAGAGCACAUCUGUUCCACUUCAAUGCAGUCCUGAUGUGGGAUCACCAAUUCCAGGUCCAGGUCCAACCAGCUAUUCACCUUCUCUUCCUCCACUGCCACCUCAGAGCUAUACACCUCCUGCCGGAGUAGGGGACUCAGCACCACCGUCCAGUACUGUUCCAUCUUCGCUAUCUCCUCCGGCGAUCACAUCUCCACCGUCCCCACCUACCACUCCGGCAGACCAGGGGUCGAGUCAGGGAGGGUCUAGUCAGGGGCUACAGCCAUUGAUUCUCCCUAGUUCAGCUUUCAAGAUUUCAGCCGUACACUCCUCCAUUGUAGUGAUGUCUAUGCUUGCAAUGAUAUUCUUGUUUUAGUUUGAAUAUUUUGAAUUUUUUUGCUAUUUUUUCUAAUUUUUUUUAGGGUUCGAAUCAGAGAUUAUUAUUGUUUUAGAC